CCGAGGGAAACGAUCAAUUUGGUCGCAAGGUUCUUGUACUGUUUAAAUACUUUUGAUUUUUUACUAAUAUGUUAGGGUAAACUGUUUCUUAUUACAACAUUUAAAUAAUUAGUAAGUAUUAAUACAAAUAAAGCUAUUUUCAUUCAGGUAUAUACUGUUAAAACAAUUCGAUCCAGUUGCUCUGAUAACUGUAUUCAGAAUGUAGACUGUAGACACACGGUGGUGACAGGAGACCUCAGACUGAGAAGAGACACUGAACAGUUACUCAAUUGAGUCUUGAGUGAGACUGAAAGACUUUCACUGACAGGCGACUGUUAUAUACUGAACUGAAUUUAAUAGAUGAAGUAUAUUUUAUUUUUAAUUAUAUGAUGUUCUUCUACACUGUUUUUACUGUUUUGUUUGACACAAUUUUGAUGAUUAAUGAAAGUAAAAAAGAUUUCAGUCUAAAAAAAAGGCUAGGGCUUCAGCUUCUGGGUAGCUAUUAUUGGUACCCUACUACCAGCAGCUUUUAGUUGGCUAUUACUAUUGUAGUAGUUGUCUAUCAAAAAAUACUAAUUGGUGAAAGAUUGAUGUAGUACAGUACUAAGUAUUGGUUAUCACUUUAAAAAAAAAUUACAUCACUGAAAAUCACACUUAGACUUAGACCCUACAUGAAAUUCCAACUAUUGUUUUCUGUGUCUAGUCUCAUAAAUUUAAAUUCACUCCAAAUCUGAUUUUUAAGACAUAUUACACUUAUUUUUUAUUGUUUGUAUAUCAAUCUUUUAUGUAUCUAAGAGUAUCUUGGCUUCUGUUUUCAUCAGAUUCUGUUCCGUUAAAAACAUUGAUUCUGCAUAUCAUUAAAAAAUAAAUAGAAAAUAUCGAUUCCUAGAUGUUAAAUUGAUUUUUGUUGUAGAUGGAUAAUUAACCCAAUGAAAAUUAAAAUUUUACAUAAAAACAUCAAUGCCUUUAUAAGGUAAUGAGUGUUUAAUCAUGUAAUUAAUACUCAGUAGGCGUAUCUCCCACUAGAAAAUCAUUUACAGAGCACAUGACCAUGUCAUGUUCCUGCCUAAACAGAUUGGCUGAAGCUUCUGUUGUAUACUUUUUGAUUUAACUAAAGUAACAAGAUUUUUUUUUUAAUAUGUACACUUUGUGGUGGAACUAUUAGCAGUAAAACUAUUACUAUGGUAAUUAUAAUCAUUUUAAAGCCCAUAUUUUAUAUUUCAAGUAAUGAUAUUAAUUAUAAUUAUUGGCACACACAAAAUGUUUACAAUAAAAUUAUGUCUGAGCUAGAUUUUAUUUUUCAGAUUUUCCUAUUAUUUGUGCACAUAUUACUUGGCAAAAAAGAAGCUGGGUAUAAUUUUUCAGAUUAUGAUUAUGAUCCCUUUUCCCCCAGUAUCCUACAUUACAUCUAUCUGUAUUAGGUCUAUAUUAUAAUUUAUAAUUUUUUCGCUUUUUUUUUAAUAAAGACAGCAUUUUGAAACUCUAAGGCUUUGAUGGCAUUUUACAAAUAUUUGAAAGUAUGAAAAUAGCAAUUUAAAGCUAAACUUCUUUCAGGAUUCAUUGAGCCGAGGAGUUGUUACUAGCACAAACUAGUAAUAAAUGAACGGGGUAAUACUUUUGCCAGUGUGAUUGAAAGCGGUUUUAAAGUUCCGGUUUGAUUUGAUUGGCUGGACUAGAAUAGCUCUCUAGAUGCUAUUGGUAGUCUACUGCAAAUAGUUCCCUAGAAGCUAUUGGUAGUAAAGUACCAAAAGACAGUUUCAACUUCUCAGAAAAAUAUAUAUUAUAAUAAAGUAUAAACUAUCGACAUGGAUUAUGAUGGAUGUUGGAAUAGUGUGGCCUACUAAAAUUUUCUUUCUGUCUAUCUCACUCUCUAAUUAAGAAUCAGAAAAUCCAGGCAGGUUUGUUUCACAGCGAUGUGUUUCAUGACUUCUGUUAUCAUGCUAAAAACAUAAAUAGUUGUGAUGGUAUAAUAAGCUUUUAUAAAAGGUAGUGUCUUUUUUUCUUGAUGUAACACUCUCUCCUGAACUUAGAUAAAUCUAAAAGCAAGCUUGGAAUUAACAUUUUAUAACAAUAUGAUCCACAAGAAGGGAAACAACCAAAAAGAUUAUAUGCACUAAAACCUACUAUUAAUCUUAUGGUCUAACCUGAUAGAUUUUGGAUUAGAUCUAGAAACAUGGCUCAUAGUGCACUUCUGAGGACAAAGAAAACAUUACAUUAAUUAAUAAAAUAGAAAUGUCCUCCCUCAAACAUGAAAAAUACUAGUCACGCAACAGUGAUUUGCCCCCACCGGGGCAACAUGAUCACUGAUUUGUUUAACCUAGAUUGUGCAUGGGAUCAAGGGUUCCUUAAUAGUAGGUUAAAAAGGCAGUUUUAUGCAUGUAACUUUAAAAAAAUAUUAAUGCAAAUAUUCAGGUUCAUCAAGAAUUAAAAAUUAUACAAUUUUGUUUGGAAAGUAAAACCUAAAUGUUAUAUUAAUUUUAACUUACUUUCUCAAAACAGAAUGUCAUUUUUUUUUUUUUUUUAUUUGCCUGAAACCUUGAAAACAUAUCUGUUAAUUAAAAUAUAUAUUUUUUUAAAGUUGAAGUGGACAAAAUUUCAUUAGGCUUUGUUAUUAAUAUUCCAACACAAUGGUAUUGACAUUUUAGUUUUUGUAUACAUUCCUAAAAACUCCUUUUUAAAAUUAUUAAAUUACAAAAAUUGCUUUAUUAUAUUCUAAUAAAAUAAAUGCUAAAUUAAAAAAAAAAUUUGUCUAGCAUUUCACUUAUAAUAAUGUAAGGGAUUUAAAUGAUUUAAUUUUAAAAGUUUCCAGCUGAUUAUUUAUUCUUAUUCAUCUUUCAGAUAAGUAAAUGGAUGCUAGUUAAGCACUGGAACAACCAAACUAGUUAAGUUACAGCCAGGAUAGGCAUAGGUAAUCUUCAGACCUCCCGGUAUGGAUUUUCCCAACUUGCCAAGUUAUCGUCCGCCGCAUACCCAGGAUACUCAGAAUAUGCCGCCACCCCCUACUUCCUUCCCACCUCAAAACAUGCAUAGGGAUCAGAUGGGCCCUAACCCUGUCUUUCCAAAUACUGCAAUACCACCAAGGAUGCCCCCAGGUUAUCCACCUUUGGGUGAUCCUCAUAUGCCACCAGGCUAUCCAAUGGUUCCAAGUCAAGAUCAGAGCAUGUCCAUGGGUUACCAAUCAGGUCCUAUGCAGAGUCCAGGUCUGCCACCUGGCUAUCAUCCUCACAUGGGGAAUCCAAUAACGUCUAGGCCACCACAAAAUUUACAGCAGAGCUUCCAAAAUUCUAACCAGGGGACUAAUAUGUCACCACAGAAUUUUCACCAACAGCCGCCUCAGCACCAUCAGCGUAGUAAUACUUAUCACAGUCACCCAACACAGCAACAUCACCUUGAUUUCCGCCAGCAGCAGCAGCGCCAACAACAUCAGCAGCACCAGCAUCAACGUCAACAUCAGCAACACCAACAGCACAGACAACAGCAUGGUGCAUUAAUUAAUGAGUUCCACCACCCAAAUCAAACCACUCCUGGUGAGUUUCACCCACAACAGAACAACCUGGCCCAAGAUUUUCAUGCUUUGCAGCAGAACCAGGUGGUCUCAGAUUAUCAUCAAGAUUUCGGUCAUCAUGACCAGGGUCUUUCUCAUCAUGAUUUCAGGCACAGUCGUGAUCACCAGGGCAUGAUGGGUGGAUAUAUGGAUCACAAUACAUUGGGAAUGCAAGCUUUGAUGGGAGACCCUAACUUAAUGAAUCAGAUGGAUGGUCACAUGCUGGGUGGUGGCGAUGCAUAUUCGCAACACCAUAUUAUGCAGAUGUAUGGAGAUCCCGCCUUACAAGAUCUCAGGGAAGGGGAUUAUAUGUAAGUGUUACUAAUAUUCUUAAGAUUAACUUUGUGUUCACUUUAUUAAAUAUUAAUGUGACAAAAUGCAAUGUGCAUUAUUAUAUUUGGAUUCUUUGAUAUCAUUUUGCAUAUUCCAGUCCAAUGGGAUGUCAGAUGAUGGAUAAGACUGCAAAUGCAAGUAUAACUUGUGUAAAUUUUGAUGGACACCAAGAACUUUUAUGGGCUGGAAAUCAAAGGGUAAGAAUUUCAUAAACUUUCUUUAACAUAUUUAAAAAAAUGAUUAAAAAUAUUUGCUUAGUUAUUGUACAUUUUAAUUUUUUAUUCUUCUUCAGAAGACAAAUGUGCACCCCAGAAUAUUAAAAAAAUGUCACUAUAAUUAAUACAUUUUUAUCAUGGGUCGCACUAUCUAAAUUUAUCCAAUGCUUUAGAGGACUAGCCUCAAAACGUUUACUUUAAUUGAACUAUCAAUAUUUUAACAACUGUGUGAUAAUUGAAAUAACAUCAGACAGUAUGUUAUAACAGAAUACUAAAGUGAGCGUCGCGAUGUGCUUGGCUUCUUUUUUGAACAGUAGCUUUGUUGCUAUAAUUUAGGAGCGGUCCUGAAAAGUUCCAUUGUAAUAGAAGUUUUGUAUCAAGUACAUUACAGAUCGAGAGCGUCAUGUAGCAUGUGGAAUUUAUUAAGUUUUAUUAAUUGGGUUUAUACUUUGAAAGCAGUUUUUAAUAAUAAAUUUCAAUUACUUUCAGGGUUAUGUUGCUUCUUAUUAUGGAACAGACUUCUUCAAAUAUUCAGCUUUUAGAGUUAAUUUUGAAGAGGAUGUGAGAAUGAACCUUUCUUUUCCUCAAGGGGUCCUUUCUCUUACACCAAGUCUGUUGAGAGGCACACUGAGACGAGGACUAAGUGUAUUUACAUUCAAGUAAAAAAACAUUUUUUUUCUUGCACCUAGCAACAAUAUUGUAUUUAUUUUGUUGUUGCAUUUGUGUGAUUAGGGGCCAUAUAUAUAUAGUACCUAUGCACUGAGUGUGGAUUUAACAAUUUUGGCGGUUUUGAGUUCAAGUGCGUAUGGUAUGCGAGUGUGUGGGAGGGGGGGGGUCGUCUCUGCAGAAAGUACAUACAUAAAUUUUACACAUUUUGUUAUACUUUUCAUGAAAUUCUGUCAUUAGAAAUCUAUAUCUAUAAUGCUGGUAAAAUAUCAAUGUUUUGUAGGAAUAAUGUCAUAAUGUUCAAAGUGAAUUUGCUGGAUAUUGCUCCGUAGAAGUAGUAACGAUAAUAUUUUUGUCCACAAUAUGUUCCACUUGCCUGUGAUGUAUAUUAUAAGCUACGUCAAAGUUACCUUAAAAAUUUUUUCAUUUUAUUACCAGAAAUAAGGAUGGCCCAGAAUGUUUUUAUGCAAAUUUUAUAAACUAUUAGUUAAAUUCUGCACAAUAUUUAAACCUGAAGCAAUUGUUUCUUUGUAGUUUAAUCCCAAAUUCAGAAUAUCUUUUCAAUAGCAUGAAGAAAGCUUUAAUUUUCUCAACUUUAUCAGAAUUUUAUCUAGAUUUGACAAUUUUAAACCUAUAAGAGCUUAAAGUAGUGGUACCAGUUUUUUAAAGAAAGGUAUUAUUUACUUCAUCAUCCCGAUCCUGUAGCCAUUUGGGCAUGUGCCCUUCUGACUGGGACCAUGGUGAAAAUGGGCAAGUCUACAUAAGUGUCAUCUGGUAAUUGUGGUAGAUUAUUUUACUUCAAUAUAAUAAACAAGAGAUAAACCAUAAAACAGAACAGAAUGUACAAAUGUAAUUGCAACUUUGGUUUAAUUUAAAAGUAAUAUUCAGUGUUAACUCUCUUAAAAUUUAACCUAGGAACAUGCAUUGUACAAAAAAUAUAGUUCAUUUUAUAACAAAGACUUGCGAAACAAAAGUAGCAGUAUAUUGAAAACGGCAAUAUCUACCUGUACCAGGCUACAGAAAAGACUCACAGGUGUACGCAUGCCCAAAGUGAAAGGAUGGUUCAUGAGCCAGUUCUGUGUGGUGUGCAGCCCAAGCAAAGAUGUGGAAAAAACAGUGACAUUUAAAAAAAGAAAAUUCCCUUCUAAAGAAAAAUAUCAACAUAUUUACCGCAGUUAGGAUGUCACGCAUGAAGCUCGCUGCAUGAGAGUUGCAGAUUUUUCCACUCAGUACUAUUAAUAUAAAACGUUGAGUUGGGGUAGGGGUGGGUAUUGAACAGGAAGCAGGACGCACCAGAAGCAAAAUAUCUAUAAGAGAUCAUCUUUCUUUAUAAAAUAUAAAACCAACUUGGCCUGUAGUGUACUUAGGUUUAAUUCAAGAAUAGAAUUUACAAAGCUUUGGUUUUAAAAGCAGUCUUACAGGGACCUCUAAUGAUCUAGAUUUGCACAAACUUAAUGUUAACUCUGACUAGUUUACUUUUUAAAAAAAAUCACUCGCAAUCAAUUUAUUAAUCAUAAAAAUUGAUAUUGUAAUAAAAACCCUUUAUUUCUAAGGCAAUAUUAGAAAAAGCACUUCAAAUAGCUGUUUAAAAGCAUGUAAACUAGAGCUAAUUUUAUUUAUUAAGCAUGCUUUUCUUUUCAUCAAUGGUUGUAUAUCUUAGUAUUUUUAACAAGAAAGAAUUUUCCUUUAUCAGAGAUGAGCAUCUUCAUGACAUGACCUGUAUGAUGAUGAGAGGGGACACUUCAGUUCUUAUUGCUGGUCAUCACAAGCAAGUCCUUGAAGUAGACAUCAUUCAGAAUCGAUUGAGUAAUGUGGUAAGUGCCAUUUUUAAUUUAAUUAUCCUUUUCAGUGUGUGAUGUUUCUAAGAAAUGUUUCUAUGACCCCAAAACAUGCUAAGUUGAUUGUUAUUUCAACAGUUAUAUUGAUCUUUGGCUUUUUUAAAUCUGUGGCUUUGGCUGACAUGUUUUGCUUUGAAAAAUUAAAAAAAAACACACACCCUUAAAUCGAGACUUCUGUGCUCCUCUGUUAGAGCUUGAUGUUUUCAAUAAUUGGCAUCUCCAGUCCUUUGUCAGCUUAAGAAAUGAGAGUCCAUGUUAAUCAUGGAAUUCUCUAAUAACCUUGCACUUUAGAAUUCUCAAAUAGUUUUUGUAUUAACCUGCAUAAUCGAGAUUGAUAUUGCCACUGGAUUAGUUGUUCAAUCCACUGUGUCUGUGAUUUUCAAUUCCUUCAUGAUUUUCUUUCUUUUUGUGGUCGUCUUGGUUAAAAAAAAAUUCUGAGGUUGAUUUCUCUUUAUUCUUCAAGAUUAUUGAGAUAUUCCUGUCUCUCCAUGACAUUCGUUUAAACAGUAUUUUCAUAACUCAUAUAAUAUUUAAUUUUUUUGUUUAACGUUAUAGAUUUUCUUUCUUUAUUGCAAUAGGUCAUUCCAACAAUGCUGUUUGUUACAAUAAAAAAAAUAUCAACUUGAAAGAGCUUAUUAGCAAAAAUGAGUAAAGUAAGAUUGUAUACACUCAGGGAUGCCUUUAAGGUGUAAACUAUAGAUUUUAUGCAGGCAGAAGCAUGUGAAAGUUAUAUUGUGUAAAAGCAUGGUUACUGGCUUUUAUUUAAAAUAAAUGUUUGCUGUAAGAAGCAAAUUGAAAAUGGAUUGCAUUAUUUUUAGAAUUCUGACAUUAUUAGUUAUUAGGAAUUAGUUAAGAAACACAGUCUAUAUCUUGUAUCUUUUUAAACCUUAUGCCUUUUUUUAAAAGAACAGUUAAUCUCUAAGGUUAAUCAUUUGUUUCAUUAGUAUGAAGUUAAAGAUGCCGGCAUUGCAAUCUUCAGAAGUACUGAUCGAUACAUCUGUGGUGGAGACAGCGUUGGCAAGGUAAGACCCAUGUUUACUUUAAAUUAUGAUAUGAACAUUUUGACUGUGACAGAUUUGUUUUAAUCUCUCUAGUUGUUCAGAUCAUAAAAUUGGUCUGUACUCAGUCAUUAAUUGGUCUGUACUCAGUCUGUAUUAAUAUAAUAUAAAUAACAACUGUUCUUAUGUUGAUUUGUCUAAAAUUGACCCACCACUCACUAGCCAGUCACUAGCAACUACAUAAAAAAAUAAGAUGACAUUCUUCUAUUGAUCCAAACAAAAAAAGUUUUUGAUUACAUUGUACAUUUUCAGUAUAUUAAAUAAAAACACAGUAAAAAAGAAAAUUAUUAAAAAAUUUAAGCUAGCACUAUCAUAACUUAAGACAAUUGUUAGUUAUUUUUUACUUAGUUCUAAGAAGACAUAAUUUUGACUCUGCUUUUAUGGUCUCCCAUAACUGAUGUACAUCAAUUAGUCAUGUCACAACAUAACCCACAGCCAUACGACAUCAUUUUUGUGUGAUAUAAAACUUUACUAUAACAGGUGACUGUUUAUGACGCUAAAACCAUGAGAGCUGAGCACACCUUAGAAGCUCAUAGCAGCUGCUUAUCUGAUUUUGACAUCCAUGACAACUUGCUUAUCACUUGUGGAUUUUCUAAUCGGUAUGUCAAAUAAGGUUUGCACCUGUACAGAAACUAGCUGAUUACUAAUUAGACUGACUACACUGACCAAUUCAACCCUAGUCGACAUCAUCAUUUCAUUAAAUUUAGCUUUGUUUCUCAUAAGUAAAAUUGUUCUUUAUUUGAAGAUGACAAUUUUUAAAUAAAUCAUUGUCAGUUAAUUGAUUUAAAGAAAUAAUUUUGUCUCAGCAUGAACACUUUGACACCUGAUCGCCUACUUAUGGUCUAUGACAUGAGGGUGAUGAGGGCCAUGGCCCCUAUUCAAGUCUCCAUUGACCCAACUUUCCUGCGUUUUGUGCCAACUAUACCAAAUCAUCUAAUUGUAGUGUCUCAGGCAAGUUCUUAAACUAUAAGAUUUAUAAAGCAGCACAUGAUGGAUAUGUAAAAUCUUGAAAUGAUUUAUCAGAAUUUUUGUUAAUAUAAAAUGUUUUAAAAGAUAUUUAUAUUUAUUUAAUUAUUUACCUCAUAAUAUAGAUUUUGAGUACACAUAUUUAAUUUGCUAAUUAACUCCAAAAAAACUAAAUGCAGAUUUAUCAGCAAUAAAUUUUAUUGAAAUACUUCUUCUUUUGCCUAAUGAUCAGUUUCUUUAAAACAUAGAUGGGCAGCUUCCAGCUUGUUGAAACAAUCACAGGUGGUGCUCCAAAUACAAGAUUGUCAUACCCUGUGGAUACUCAUGGAGCAUAUCUUGUUGCAUUUGAUGUUUCUCAAACUUAUCAAGCUUUGGGAUUUGGAGAUAGUUCAGGUAUAAAUUUGUUUUUAAUGGAAAAAUAAAGCAGAGAUGUGCUUUCCCACCCCUUUUGAUAAUUCUGUUAUCAGACAUAUGGGCACAUAAUAGAGAUUUUAAAAACUAAAAUCUGCAAGUCUGCUUUUUAGCCCAACCUAUGAGCAUUAAAUUUAUUUAUGGAGAGAAUUAAACAUUAUAAAAUCUUGUUUGAAAAGAUAAUGUGGGCAAUCCAACUAUUACUCUGUCCUAAUAUAAGGGUAUAGUUUUAGAACAUUUGAGUUUUUUGUAAUAAACAAUGAUAAUGGCCAGGGCUAAAAUGAGUCUAUUGUGCUCGGAACAAGCAGUAUACUUUAUUUCAUGGUUCAAAAUAUUGAUAAACAUUAACAUUUUUAGUUGCGUAGAAUUAUAAGACAACACCAACAGUCAUAAUAGUUACUAUUAAAUUAUUACAAAUUGAAUAGUUAAAUAAUGUAAGAAUGCGAACAUGGAAAAUAGUGAAAAAUUAUCGUUGUGUCAAUAAUGCCAUUAGCAGGUUCCAGGCUGAUACAUUUAAAAUACAAUUAGAGCAUUCCAAUUUUCAUCAUUCAGCAGAGUGUAGUCCAUUAUUGAAAUUUUGUUUUAAAAUAAGUUCUUUAAAGUUAUCAUUAAAGAAAAUUUAGCACCACACAAACAGUAAAACUAUGUCAAAUGUAGAUGAACGAGUUAUAAUAAAAAGGGACAAACUCACUUUAAAGAUUUAUUGCUUAAACACCACUUGAGACAGAAUGUUAAUUUUUGUUCUAUUAGCUCAAUAUGACUGACAUUUUUGUAAUUUCUGCAUUUUACUUAUAGUGUCAAAAAAGGUGUAUGGAUUAUCAUUUCAAAUUGGUUUGGUUGGAAGAGGAGGUCUAUUUGAUUUUUAUCAGAUUAAGUAUGAAAAAUGUUCAACCCUGGUUUUUUUUGUAUAUAUUUCAAAUAACCAAAGAAAAUGUUAUUUGAGGUGAGGGCCUACAUAUGGAAACCCAGCAUCAAUUUAGUUUUGCAGCACUUCAAUCACAUCUGACUGAAGAAAAUGAAACAUUUUGCACUUAUGAUACUGAACUCCACUUUUGUUAGCGAUUUAAAAAUUGUUUUCUUUUAUUUCUAUUAGGAAAUGUACAUUUAUAUUCAGCCAGUCCUAAUAGCUUGUUCAAUCCUUACUCUGAGCCCACUGAGUUUGCAGAUCCAGUAAGUACCUGUGAUGGAAAAAUUAUUAAAAUAACAAGGAUUUUAAAAUGUGCUUUUCAUUUGGAAAAAAGGCGUAUUAACAUAGUUAAGACUUUAAAAUUACGAGUUAAUAUAAAAUUUAAUUUUAUAGUUCGUAGAUUUAAUCUUUUUUUGUUUGUUUGUUUGGUGGGCUGUUAGUGUGUGUUACUAAGCUCUUAUUCUUGUCUCAGGUGGAACCAUAUGAUCCAAUUGACAUUAAUGAUGAACUAGCAGCAUACUCUGGUAUCCCAAUGCCAUACCCACCUCAAGGUCCUUUAGUUUCUGACUUUCCAGAACACAUGAUGGCUAGGACAUAUAGGUAAGAUAUCUAGCAGUUUUGCUUUUCAUUUAGUUACAAUUUUACUUUAAUUUUAUUUUUCUAGUUAAGUCAGCCAUUUUAAAAGAUUAAUUUGAAACUUUUACAGUUGAACAAAAAAAUGACAUUAAAAUUACCCAGGAAAGAAAUUAGUGUAAAUUAUAGCAGCAUUUAAAAAAAUUCUCUGCAGAAAACCUCUUCCAAUUGAUUCAGAAGUGUUGCGUACAAUGAAAGUAUAUCAAAAUAUUGGAUAUGCACCAAAUACCAACAAACAGAAGAGAAACUUGAUACCUUAUAACUUGAAUGACAAAGGAAAUAAAGACAGAAAGUCAAGUAUCCCUGAGUCUCCAAUGGGCAGAGGUUAGUUACUUACUUGUGUUUUCCACAGAACAAUUGAAAAGUCUUCAUCCUGAAAUUUAGUAAGACAUGACAAGAGACUAAAAAAAAACCUAUGCAUUUAAAAAUACAGAAUGAAAUUUAGGAAUAACAAAUUAAUUACCUCUUUUGAGAUUUAUCAUUUCUAUUUAUGUGAUAAACACUCAUCCAUAAUGUGAUAUACUUUUUGCUUGCUAUAUUAUUUUUAUUUUGUUGAAGCUCUCAAAAGCUAUUAAACCGGACACCCUUAAUAUGGAGCUUAAAAGCUAAAUAUCUUUCUCUAAAUUAUUUACCAGGAGAUGAUCCAUUUAUGACUGUUCCUAAAAGAUACCAACGAGUUGAAAUUAAGUACUCCAAGCUCGGGGUUGAAGAUUUUGAUUUCCGCCACUACAACAAAACCAAUCUGGCUGGCUUAGAACCUCACAUUCCUAAUGCCUAUUGUAACUCAAUGCUUCAGGUAAACACUAUAUCAAAACAUUUGUCAAGAUAUUGAAAUGUUUUGUGUGCAAUUCUGUUGAAUUUUUUGUGUCUCAAAGAAUGUAUUUCAUACAGUCACCAUUAUGUUAAGUAAUAAAAAGUAAAAAAACAUGCUGACAAAGCAUUCACAGCCAAUUACAUUAACAGAACUUGCUAUAUUUUUCUAGGUUUUGUAUUACAUUGAGCCAUUACGUUGUGCCUUAUUGGGCCAUGUGUGUGAGAGGGAAUUCUGUCUUUCCUGUGAGCUUGGAUUCCUGUUUCAUAUGCUUGACUUACAGAAAGGAAAUACAUGUCAGGUGAGUCUGCUGCUUGUGUACACGAAAUUCCUAUUUGAACAAAUGUGUCUGUGAACAAAAAUGAAUAAAAAUAUAGCUGGGUUAAGGGGGUAAUUAGACUCAAAAUGACUUUUUUCAAUGAUACCUUCAAAAUUUGCAUAUUUGACUAUUUUUCAACCCACUGGUUAUUUUAAAAAAAAUAAUUUUAUCUGAUGUGGAUAGAUAAUUGAACUAUUUUUCUAAUUAUCCUUGUCUUCCAUUAUUGACUUAAAAAAUGUGAAUAUAAAUUUAAAAAUUGUAAUAAUUGAAAUCUUUAUUUCCAGGCAACAAAUUUUUUGCGCGCCUUCAGAACAAUGCCUCAGGUAUCUGCUUUAGGUUUGGUGCUGCAUGAUGCUGAUGAAAGCAGUGGUAGAGUAGAUUUCCCUAGACUCAUUCAAAGCUGGCAGAGAUUUGUACUCAUGCAAAUACAUGAGGUUAGUGUACUCUUAGUUCUUAUUUCUCAAAUCGCAAUUAUAAAGAAAGGAAUGGAACUGUUUUAUGUUUCUGUAUCUGUUAUUAGUUUAAUGGUAUUAAUUUUAUAUACAGUCUCUUUCUUGAUUUUUGAGCAAGAUCUGUUAGUAGAGACUGAGAGAUCAUUUCUUGUUUCAACUAUCUUUGUUGAAUAGAAAAUUACACACAUAAAAAAUAUGUCCCCAUUUGAUUUACAUAUAUAAUCCAUAAACAGAAUAUGAAAACACAAAGGAAUUUCUUUUUGUUUAAUUUCAUAUAUAGUUGACCUAUCUUUAGGCACCAACAAGGCUACCUCUUGGAUUUAAAUUAUUGGGAAACUUUUAAUAAAAAAAAAAUUGUUCCUAUUUACUACUAGAACUGUUUCUCCCUGAUUUAAUGUUAAAUUAAUACAAAUAUAUUGUUUUUUAAAAACUUUUUCAUUCACAUGCAGUAUUUACAAUGCAAAUGAGGUCUUUGGAAAACUGCAAGAACUGCCCUAUCUGGAUAUCCUACUUUUGGAUACUAUUUAAUUUUUUUUUCAAAAAUAAAUGAUCUUCUUCAGGUUAAAACACAAAGUAAAUAGUUGUAUAAUGUUAAGAAAUAAUUUGAUGCUGAAUAUUUCUAAUGCUUAAAUUAAAGAAUUGAUGAAAUUGAAAAUAUCCUAUUUUAGUUUGUGUAUAAUAAAUUGCUACUUUCAUCUAAUAGGAAAUUUGUGUUCCUGUGGAGUCCGUAGAUGGUGGUGUAUCUGACACAAAGGUAGCAACAAAAGGAGGGGAAGCUGAGGAUAAAAAAGGGUCUAAGAAAAAGAAGGGAAGGAAAAAUUUAAAGGAAGCUUCUGCAGAGAACUCAGAAAACUCAGAAACUAAAGAGGGAGGUACUGAGGGUGAAACAGAGGACAGGUAAGUUGGUUUGCUUGAUUAAAAAAAAAAGUAACUCAAUAUAUUUAUGAUUAAUUAAGCAAAAUAAAAAGUACAGAAUGUGCUUUGUUUCUUAUCUUUUAAAAACCUUUGGUAUAUAUAUAUAUGAACACAGUGUUUACAAUUUAAUAAUAGCUUUAAAAUACUCAUUUGAUAAACAGUCUAAAAUGUUACUUUGUCCCAUUCAGUGAGAACUGUGAGGAAAGCUCAGAUGAACCACAAGCGUAAGUAAACUAUACAUUUCUUACUCUUUUGUACCAUUACCUUUUAUAAAAGAACGCAAACCAAGUGCCCUCUUACUGAUAUACAAAAUCAAUGUAAUUUAAGGAGUUACCCAGAAUAUAUAUAAAUGAAAAGUCAUGCUUAGGGAGGGAAUAGAGUAGUAAAAAUAUUCAAAAUUAAGUUAUGCUAUUGUUUUUUCAUAUUCAUUUUCAGUCAAAAUAGAGAACAUAUACAUGUCACUAUUUUAGUUAAACAGACCUUGGUAGAACCCAAAUAUAUUUCAAAUUAUUUCCAACCACUCAGUGUUGGUAAAACAUAACUAUUAUCUAUUCUUAUUAAAUUUCAGACCUAUGACCCGAUCAAUUAUCAGAGACUUGCUUGGCAUCAAUAUUAAGUCGUCUUUACAAUGUAAAUGCGGCCUGACCAGUGAAAGAACAGUCGAUGGUACUCACAUCAAUCUCAUGUAUCCAGAUUGCCGACCAAUGGGUGAGACAUGUUUAUUAUUUUAUUAUAUUAUAUUUUUACCAUGCUACUGGGGCUUUCAUUAAAUCAAAAUUAUUUUCAUUUAUAAGGAAUAAUGGUAUAAAUUUCUCAAGUUUUAUUAAAAUUUAAUCUAGAUAUAAUUUGUUCAGUCAGAUUUUAUCAAACUUUUUUCGCCAUCUCGUCUUUUUGAUUAAGCAGUUGUGUACAAGAAUAAUUUUUGAAAUCCUUUUGCAAUUAGGACCAAGCCCUUCUCCACUGUUCAUCAGCUUUGCAGAAGUUGUUCAACACAGCAUGACAGCUGCCACUAAUAUUCAAGCCUGGUGUUCCAAUUGUAACAGAUAUCAGCAUCAUGUAAAAUUGUGUUAAUUUUUUCAAGCAUCUUAAUAUUUAGAAAUCAGUAUAUCGAUAUGAAUUUUAAAUAUUUUAACAUUAAGUUCCUUAUGUAAAUAACCACACAUUAUUUCUUUGUAACUUCUUAAUAAACAGUGCCAAAGAAAGAGCAUACAAAAUCUUCCCGACAUCUUGGCACUCAAUUGUCACACUGAGAAUGAAAAGAAUUUGGAUUUCUGGAAAACCCAGUUCCAGGUUUGAAUUAUUCCUUAAAAAAGUAUUCGUGAUAUAAGAAUCCUUUCAGUAAUUUGAAUUUUAUUUCCAUGUAUGGGUACAAAUUUUAUUCCUAGGAAUUUAUUUUGAUCUUAGUGAUGUCAUUUUCAUAGCUAAUCAGUUAUAUAUAUAUAUAUAUAUUGAAUACCUAUAGGUUGUUCGCCAACGCCAUAAAGAAACCGCACCUUCCACGACUUUCAUUCGGCCUUCAUCACAAUCUGCAAUUAAAUGCAGAUUUGGCACUGCUUGUCAUAGGCCUGACUGUCGCUUUCAGCAUGAUGGACCUAGACAGUAUGUUUAUAAAAAUUUUAAGAUGAUUUAACAUCUGAUUGUUCUUAACCAAAGUAAAUUAGACAUUUAUGAUCUAGCAAUCUUUUCUGUUUGCAGUAAACUUGCAACUAAAAGAGUUUAAUUUUCAUUAAGAUGUGAAGCUGAGAUGAAAAAAAAGCAACCAGAAGAAGAUGAUGAAUUUGGACCCAGUUGGAUUCCAAUGGGAUUAAAAAUAAUCAGAAACCCUGAUGGGAGUGUUGAUGUUUCAGAAAUUUCAGAUGAGGUAUAGAUUUCUUAACUUUUGUGAUUACAAGCAAUCCACUUACUAAAGUUGUCCAAUGCAAAUUGUUUAUUUUUAUAAUUGACUUAGAUAAACUUAUUAUUUUUAAAUUUGGAAAAAUAUGCAUUUUGACAUUGUACUGAACUGUGGCACAUGUGUGUAUAUAUAUAUAUAUGUUAUAUAUAUAUUACUAAAAACAAAAUUAUUACCUUCAAAGAUUGAGUUAAGUUGUUAAAUAAUUUUUAUAACAUAAGUUUUGUUUUAAUAAAUCCAGGAACCCUUGCCAAGUAAGCAAGAAGAUGAUGUCAGGUAUUAUGAACUGUACAGUGUGGUCAGUCAUGUCCUCAGCUCCUCUGGAGGCAACCUUGUGUGCUGCCUAAAGGUGGGUGAGAAAUACCACCAACGCAAAGAGAGAGUGACAUGUACACAGUGGUACCUCAUCAAUGACUUCUGUAUCACACCAGUGGAAAAAGUAGGUAGUAUUGAGAAAUCCUUGUCUGGUUAAGGGGCAAGCUAUGAACUACCUUUUUGUUAGUUUUUGUGAAUUUAUAAGAAUAAUUAAGCAUCUUGACAAAUGUUUCCUAUUUUAUAUAUAUUUUCUUCUAAUUUAGUCCCUUUUUGUUCAAAUAGUUAAGAAUUUCCUUUUGGUUUACACAGGAUGAAGCUGUUGAUUUCAAACUUGAUUGGAAUGUUCCAUGCAUCAUCCACUACACUCAAAGAGAUUACGUUCCUUUGCAUGAUCUCACAGGUCUUUACAUUUAAAAUAAAAAUUUAGCAAGUUUACACUAAAUAUGAAACAAGCUGCGAACAUAUGUAAUAUGAUUUAAAACACCUGUCUAGGUGUUGUAUUUUAUCAGAAGGUUAAGUUUAUUAAGGAAUAACACAACAUUUAGAUUUAUAAGAUAUAAGAUCCCCUUCCAGCUAUUAAGACACAGUAAGAGUUAACAAAGAAUGAACUCUUUUUAUGGAAGUCUCAUAAACCUUAAAAUAAAAUUAAAUAUCCAUAAAAUAAAGCUCACAUUAAAUUAUUAUAUCAAAGUUAAAAGUUUUCUAGCACCAACUCUCAGUAGGGCUGAAAACUACACAGCAGGAAAUGUUUGAACAUUUUUUAAAAGAGAGAUAAGAUAAUGAUUUUUAAAAAUAUUCUUUACAUGGCAACUUGUUUUUACUUCAUGCUACAGUCGAACCCACUUAUCUCGACCUCGGUUAACUCGCCAACCCUGUUAUGUCGACGUUGUUUUUUUUCUCUCCUUGUCUUAGCAUUUUCUCCUCGGUUAUGUCGAUUCUUUUAUGUUGCUAAACCCUGAUAUCUCGAGCACAAAAGGCGGCCAAAAUUUUCCACUUAACCUCAGUUAUCUUGAUCCCCAUGACCAAUCGCUGGCUUUUGAAAAUUAUAUACAACAGAAACGUGCCUAUUUUUAACUAGUAAAAUAAAAUAUUGUCUCACGCAAUUAACUUGACAUGGCAAGAAGCGAGGAGCGAGAGGCUUGCAAACAAAAGAGAGGUCGAAGUACCAGUUCUAUUUAUAGCAAACCCGCUUGUCCCUUGAUAGGCUUUCACCCGUUCUAACGUUAAUUUUUUUUAAAACCCAGAAUCCAAAUUUGAAUAAACUGAACUGGUGAAUCCGGAGCGAGAGAAACUAAGAACUCGCGAAUCCGGAGCUGAAAAAUAUUUAGCAUCACGAAUCCGGAAUUCCGUAAUAAUACAUAAAAGUGGCACCCCACUUGUGCCUUGUGCUGUUAACAAACAUGUAUGUACAUUUUUAUAGCAUGCCGAUCGCUCCAUCAAACAAAUCGCGGUAAUGCUGUGUAAAAAAAAAAAAAAAUGCAUGUACAUCAUCAUUUAUAAACGUACAUUGUGUACAUAAAGAAAUUUUAAGCACAUGUUAAUAUAUUGCUGCCAUAUUGGUUUUCGGUUUUCUCGAUCAUCGGUUAUCUCGACGCUUUUUGGCAAACCCCGAGGCCUUCGACAUAACCGGGUUCGACUGUAUUAAACUAAUUUUUUUCAAAUUGUUUAAUCUUUAUUUGUAAUACUUUAAUGCACUCCAGUCAAAUCAUGGUCUAGUCCUGAUGUUCUGUUCAACGACACAGCUCUGCUUAAUCCAGAGCGUCAUAAAUUAACAUUCCUACCUUUGCAACCUGAAGAGCUUCCAAAAAAAGGUGAUAUUGUUGCUUUGGAUGCAGAGUUUGUCUCCCUCAAAGAGGUGAUUUGAAUUUUUGAUAAUUAUUGCAAUUUCAUAGUGGAAUGAAAUGUUUUAUUAUUGAUUAUAUUGACAAAUUUUGGAAAGUUGAACAAGUUAAGUUUUGUGAAAUAAAUAUUGUUAAACAAAUUUCGUUUUAGGAGGAGGCUGAACUGAGAAGUGAUGGUACUCGUUCUACGCUUGUUCCUACUCAGAUGUCAGCAGCGAGAAUCACCUGUUUAAGGGGGUAAAAGCUUUUCUAUUUUUAUAAAACCAUUUUGAAAUUUAAUUAUUUAAUUCCAUUUAACAACUUCUUGGUUUCUCUAAAUAUGAUGCCAAAUGUUUUAACAUAUUUGUAUUUUUAAAAAUUAGACAUGGAUCCAAUAAAGGGGAGCCCUUCAUAGAUGACUACAUUGUCACCCAGGAGCAGGUGAGCUCAAACUUUUUUUAAAGUGUUCAAUAAUAAGAUAUGCUAGUUAUUUCUGCAAUAUAAGUAACUAACUAAGCCUUCACUAGAUUUGUAAUACUUUUUAUAGGAUUAAUUGACUUACAUUUUAAUUUUACCAGGUUGUGGAUUACUUGACUCAGUAUUCUGGAAUCAAACCUGGUGAUCUUGAUCCAAGUAUAUCAACUAAGCAUUUGACAACACUUAAAGCAACCUACUUGAAGCUGCGAUAUCUCAUAGAUAUUGGGGUCAUAUUUGUUGGCCAUGGGCUGAAGAAAGAUUUUAGAGUUAUUAACAUCUUGGUAAGAAUAUAUUCACAUUACUGCCAGUUUUCUGCUUGUUUAGCUGUUUGCUCAUUAUGGUCGUUAUAAGGAUCUAUUUUUUCCUUUAUAAUGGCUAUUUUAUUUAAUGUAAUUGUACUUUGAUGAGCUUUUACAAAUGCACAUAUAAAUUAUUCACAAAUUUUCAGGUACCUAAAGCUCAGGUGAUGGACACUGUUGACUUGUACCACCUUCCUAAGCAACGAUACAUCUCACUCAAAUUUCUUGCUUGGUAUUAUUUGAGUAAGUUAGCAAUGACUGUUGUCAUUCUUAGUUAUGAAAUGGCUAUGUACAAUAUGAUGUCUAACAAUUAUUUUAAAAUAAUGAAAAGCAAUUGUAGAUCCUACCAACUGAAAGUAUUAAAAUAUGUAUAGAAAUAUAUAAAACAAGUCCUUGAGCUAUACUAAAAAUGUAUAAUUCUUAAAAUCUUGUUUCUGAAUUUCAUUUUACUUGGUCUUUUGUAUUCUAGGGCCUUGAUAUAAAAAUGUCUUUGGAGCUAAUAACUUUUGACUAUUAGACUGUAUUAUAAAGAGGAACAUUUGUCAAAUGAACUAUUACUGUAUUACCUAUGUAAUUAAUAAUGGUUCACAACCUACAGUAUUGAAUAUUUUUUACAAUUGAAAAAGCUAACAGUUAAACAGAAUUCUUUCAAUAUUUUAAGAACCACUAUAUAAUCUCUUUCAAGCAUUUGAAAUAUUUUUAAAGGAAAAAUUUAAUAGAUAUUUUUUCUUGUUAUAGAGAUCAACAUACAGUCAUACACCCAUGAUUCAGUGGAAGAUGCUCGUACAGCCCUUCAGUUAUACAUGGAAUAUCAGCGUCUCAAAGAUGAGGGUCAGGAUAAGGGUCAAGAUAAGGUGUGCUUUUUUUAGGAUUUUUAUAAUUAAUAUUGUAUCUCAGCAGUGAUGUAAUCAAAGUAUUUGUUUAUUGAAGUAAACAAACUAUAAGGAAAAUUAAUGGCACUUAUGGCCAUAUUUUAAAAAUCUUAUGAUUCACAUUUUUAACAAAUUUGGAAAUUGAAUUAUGAUUCGUUUUUAUUUUCCGUCCCAUUAUGACCAACAACAAGAUCCUGACAUAGGUGCCGACCUAUCUGCGUAACUAACGUCACCAAAAUAUUUCCAGAUUGACAAUAGAAAAACUUUCCCCAAUUGGAAGUAUACAUUAUUCAACAUUAUUUGAGGCAUAAAACUACUCUUAAAUGCUUUGCAAGUUACCAUGACUUCAACAUGUAAUCAUUGAAAAUAAGGCAGCAGAGAAAAUAGCUUCUUAAAGGAAAUUUUGAUAGAGGGUCCUUGUAACCCUUCAGAUGCAUCCUUUAGAUUACUUUCGUGCUUUUUUAUUGAUUUCAUCGCUCAUGAUUUAUCAAAAUUACAUAUUUCUUAACUAAUCUGUUGUAAAGAAAUUUCAGGAAUGUCCAACAUUUUUAUUGAAACUUUUUUGUUUUUUGUUACAGGUCAUUGCAGCAAUCAAAGAACUGUAUGAAGCUGGUCGGAAAAUCUCUUGGGUUAUCCCAGAUGUUGCGGAUGUUUCAGGGGAGGACAUUAGUGAGGCAGAUUUUCUAUAGUCAUCUCAUAUUUACUUUUGUAUUUGUGUUUGCAAUGAUGUGUUUAGUGAAGAUUUAGUUCAUCCAGGAUUUUAACAGUUUACGCUAUUGAGUAGUGUCCAAGUGUUGUUUUUUUUUUGUUUUUUUUUUUCCCCCAAGAUCUCUUAUAUUGAUAGUUUUUAAAAUUCAAUUUAAUACAUCUUUAAUUUUGAUAGUUUUUUUAGACAAUUUUUUAACACUGCAAAAAAAAUUUUAGUUUGGAAAAUACACUGGUUGACAAAAAUAUUAAAAGUAAAACAUUUAUCCAUCAAAUCACAUUUUGUUCCUAUUAACUUGAUCCCUAAACCGAGAAAAAUAUAAUUAUAAUUUAAAUUAAGGCAACAGAGAGAAUAUAAAAAUCAACAGUGAUGUUGACUGUUACUUCUACUGCAAUCCGAGUAUUACUGUCUAUUACACCUGAUGCCUAAACUAGCCUAUUCAGCUCCUUGUGAUGUGUGCAAACUGUUAAUGAUUGCAUUUUGUGUGUGGUUUUUUUUAAUUUAAAAUUUUAAUUAAAAUUUAAGGAAUUAUGUCUUCAUUUUUAUAAUGUGCAAUGAAAUUUUUGUGAGUGUAAAAAAAAAUAAAUGAUUGAAGAUGAAAACAGAUUGGACUGUUUAAUUUUUAAAAUCCAGUUGUUUCAGUUUAAAAACAAUGUUAGAUCUUAAGAUCAAAAAUUAAUUUGCUUACAUUUUCUUUCUUUGCCAAUUAUUUCAUUUAUAUCUGGUGUGCCUUUAGUGUUUGCGGCAUAGAUUAAUGACCUACUAGUAAAAUAUUUGUGCUUGUUACAAAAUUUUGCAUAUCAGUACAUUAUCUGCUGCCACCUUUAGAAUAAUUAUUUAAAGCAAGUCUUGUUGGCAAUUUUUCUUAUUGUGUGAGAUUGAAAUUGUAAUUUAAGUGAUCCUAGGUCUGCCAUUUCCCCACUUCAAAAUAUCCAAAAGCAUCACAUUUCUGAUACUUUUAAAGUGAACAACGUUUUACAUUUUAUUAAAUAACCAUGUGCACAAUUGAUUUUAGUAAAUGAAAUAAGUUUUAAUAACCUGUGUAUUUUAAAGAAAUUUUUUUUUAGAUUCCAUGAAAUAAAGAAAAUACAUUUUUACAUAAAUAUGGCUUAUAAAAAAAACAAUGUCUCGUCUUAAUUGUUAAAAGGCAUAGUGAUUUUUCUUAAUAGUUCAAUGAAUAUGAUUGUUCUGUUUGACCUGGCCUUCAGUCCAUGUGAUUUUGGUAAAUUUGAAGUCCCACAUCAAUCCUAGUGGAAAAACAUUUUCAUAUCUGUUUAAAUAAAAAUCUGUUAUUUACAUUUUGCAAUUGUGUAUUCAAAAUGUCCCAAGCCCCAGGCUUAAACACAUCAGUUGUCUUUUGCGGUCAUGUAAACAAAUUUUUUAGAAAUAUAAAAGUUAGUUUAAAAAAAAAAUUGUAAUGUAUACAUGUAAGUAUUAUGUUUAUAUUAAAUUUGUUAUGGAGACAGUAAAACCAAUAAAUCAUAUCUCAUUAAUGAAAGUCUUGAGCAUCAUAUGCCUGCAUUGUUAUUUUUGUUGCAACUUUAUUUGAGAAUAGAAGUCAAGGGAAUGAUCUAUGGGCUGUACACUUAUGAUGUAAAUUAGUUCGCGUCUAUAUCUACCACAUACCUUUUAUGUAAAUGGAAAAAGUCGAAAGAUUUAACAGGACUUUUCAUAUCAGGAACAUAUUUUGGGACCGUAUGAAAAAUUGUGAUUUUUGCCUUGCAUGCUACAUUUAUGAAUCCUUUUUUCCAUCAUAAACUAAAGCAGUUCUGACCCUAACCCUUGCUGUCUGAUUUCUUAAGAGGGUAUCCCAUUUUCAUUUAAAUAUUGCAUUGGCACAAGGUUUAGUUUAUAAAUAGCCCUGCAGUUGUUUAAUGACCAGUUUGGUGAAUACACAUAUUCAGCCAAUUUACUUUGACAGUCUUUACCAUUUUGUUUCUUGAGGUAAAAGUAAAUGACUACAUGAACUGUCCUCUUACAAUGAAAUGGCUCAAAUUUUUAUUUACAUUACUCCAUUUCUAAUGAAUGGAGUUUUCAAUGAAAACUUUUUAUAUGAAGUAACUCACAGUUGUCCGUGUGUGAUGUCGGGUGCAUAAAAAUAUCAUAAUGUAACUUUUUAUAAAAUUUUGUUAAGUACAUAGUUGCUAAAGAAAAUAAAUGGACAAAAUAUUUAAAUUGGUGAAUUGGCAUUUUUUGCUAAAUGGUUUCUGCAUGGUCGUCCACAACAAUUUUUUUUCAGGCGGGAGGAAAAAGUGUAAGAAUAAUGCAAAUGUUCCAACUAAUCAAAGAGCGAGUAAAUAUGGCACCCUACUCUCCACUUUGGAUACCUACGAGUAUGUGAUGUUUCAUUUAUGACUUUCUAUGUUAGGUGUAUGGGUAAGGGUGAUGGGAUCUUAGUUUGUGUUGUUAUAGGGCAGCAGAGUGGACCUCUUGAACUCAAAUAGGGAUAACCCAUUUAAUUUAAUCAUGAAUAACCCACCUUGUUUCCAAAAUUCAGUGAAUAUGUGUCUCUCAACCAGUGUACUGCUUCCACAAUUAUCUGCAGCCAACAUAUCCAUAUUCUUGAAUUUAAAAAAAAAAUGGCCACACAUUUUGUAAACGGCAUCCAGUUAAAGAACUUUUAUGUUUGUAAAGUUACGACUAAUCGAGGGAUAUUCACUUCAUUAAAAGUUUGGAAUGAUAAAAAUCUCAAAUCAAAUUUUGUUUACACCCUUUUUUAUAAGGUGCAUCAAUGCCAUUUGAGAGACAGUAAUUUUCAAUAAUUGAUCCUUUCAUUUAAAAAAACAUACUUUAUUCUACUUCAGCUAUGAGAUUUUGUCAGUUUUUUAUUUACUUUUAAGAUCACGCUACUGUAGCAUGGUUCUUAUACAUUUGAAAUUUCCUAGAAGGCAAGCUCACAUUUUCCCAUGCUCAGUUGAACUUGAUGCCUCCCCCAUGUGUUCUGCAAAAUUUAGAGUGGUCUAAAUGUUUGCAAAUAAAAUUUUGGAAUUGAGUUCUGUAAGUUCUUGUUUUGAAGCACAACUAAAUAAAUUUCUAAAUUUUGAUUCCCUGCCUGAUGUAGCGGGUGCUUUCUCAUUGUCUUGUCAGAAUUCGCACCAUUCUUUUUCUUAUUUACCCUCUGUAAAGAGCAAUACCCGUCCCUGAAAAUACUGAAAUAUAUUAAGGAUAAUUAGAAGAAUUUAAACGUUUUUUGUAAAGAUAUUUAUUUACUCUCUUCAUAUCUUCAUAAAAUAAGAAAUAUUACAUUAAACAAACAUGAUUAUGAGUCUUGAUCAACUUCAGCAUAAAAUGGUUUAAUUUUUUUUUUCAAGUUCAUUCAAAACUGAAUGUUUGUCAACAAAAAAAUCAAAUGAUCUUACAGCCCAACUUUUAAUAGUAGCAAGAUUAGACUCGGACAUUAAGUCAUGAUGAUCACAUCUUGUCUACCUUUUUUCCUGUGCGCUGAAGAAGGCUCUAUGCCGAAACGUCCUAAUCUUUUUGUCCUGUUCUCAAAUUCAAGCUUCCACAUCCCUGGUUUCGCUAUUUCGUUUACUAGGCUUGAAUGCAGUCCUUUAAUUGUAUUCUAACUUUGAGGCUAUGUUCUGACAAUUGUACAGUUUUGUUGGGCAGGUCACACAAAUUUGAUCAUAUCCUGUAGACCAGGGCUACCACUCAAUUUUUAAAAAAUUCCCAAUAUUUUGUUAAAAUAUUUCCCAAGAUUUCCCAAAAUCAUGAAAAUAUUUGAGUUUUUUUUUUUUAAAUUAAAUCUCGA